AUGGCUCAGGAGAAUACGGAUAGCGUCUUUGACAGUGGUGUCUUCCCGCCUGUGACUGGAUUGGGCGGGGAUGACAGUGUAGGUGAUGAGGAGGGCGGUGUGAGUGAUGAGGAGGGCAGUUUAGGUGAUGGCGAAGAGGGCAGUCUAAAUGAUGCGGAGGGUGGUGUGAGUGACGAGGAGGGCAGUGGAGGUGAUGAGAGACACAUCAAUCAUAUGGGCCUCCGAGGCGAUGAUGAUGCGGGGGCCGUUGUUGAUCAUCCGCCGCGUAGAGAUUGGAACGGUGGAUAUUGGAACAAUUUACUCGGGAAUGAAGUGUUAAAGGGCAUGGGAAGCGCGAGUUACUCGCACUCUGACAAUCCCUCGAGUCCCCCUCGGUCGGAUAGCCCUCGCCGUCCCCGCUGGCAGCGAAAGACUUCCAACGUCGACAAUGACUACCUUUACAUCCCAGAUUUCCCGUGUUGGGGAGGUGAAGACUGGGCUUAUCACCCAUGGCCACCAGAGACUGACGAGCAUGUACUGGCUGUCUUGGACCGCAUUCAAGAACCACCCCACAAGGGCAUGCUCGAAUGGGCGGACCCGGGAAAUUGGAGGGAACUCAUCACGGGGUUGACAGGGGAGUUUCGGAAAGUGUGGGACACCGUGAUGGUCUUUUACGACAGUGCUAUGAGGGGAAGUAAAGGAGCGCAGAAGGCCCUUUGCGCGGCACAUCGGCGGAUCCGCUUCGAACUCGCACACCAGGAAUACCUCGAGCGUAGCCUGGGUGACUGUCAACGCAAUGUCACCGAGCUCGCCAGAGUUCGGCAGCAGCUCGAACUGGAGCUCGGGGAGCAACGGCAACGCGCCCAUAUCUUCGAGACUAAGCUUACGGUUGCUCAAAGCUCCUACCACUGGCUCGAGAGAAUACAUCACAACGCUAUGGCGGCGGACGAAGCUGAGAUCUGCUCCUUGGAAGAGAUAAUCACCCAGUGGGAAAGGCUCGCGGGCGUAGGGGACGCCCCACCAGCAGCCGAUGUCCGCGUCGAAGAGCAUGAGCGCAGAUUUCGUGUUGCUCGAGACCUGCUGGGUGAGGCACAAGCAGCCGCCGCCGAAUUCAGGUCCGAGUGCGAAUCGCUACAGGACAGGUGCGACAGGCUGAAGAAGCGGUUGGACAAGGCUACCAAGGGCGCCGCGAAGCUGCGGGAGGAGCGGAAGUUCUUGCUCAAGGAGAGGAUAAACUCAAAGGCUAUGACAGCGGAGUGGACUCAGCGGGAGCAGUCGCUCAGGUCUCUUAUUGAGGCGGAACGGAAAAGUACUCUCAAGCAGCAGGAGCAGCACAGAGACCACAUUGAGCGCUUGACCAAACGGUACGACGAACAGCUACAGGAGAAGCAAACGAAGAUCAACCGACUAGAAAAGGAGGCAGCGCUCUCCGAAGCCAAAUUGAUGGCUUUCAAGGAGGUCAUCGAUCGGCUCAACCAGAGACAUGCUGAUCGUAUGGAGGAGGCCGCACGGGACAUGCCGGAAUGCAAGAACAUGAUAAAAGACCUCAGCACCACCAUUGCUGGGUUGGACGCCACGAUUGCCAGUGUCCUUAACGCUCGCGAGACAGCCCCAGGCACCGAUUCACCGUCCAAGCGCACCAGUUUCCGGGACUCCCUCCGCGCAGAAGAGGCUAUUCGUCUCAUGGAGGCCGCUCAGCUGCAAAAGAUCCAGUCCAGUUGGGCGGCGAUCGACGAGAUGAGGGCCGGAAUUGCGAGGCUUGAAGAGCGAUUCGCGACAAAAUUGAGCGAUAAGCCGGCCUCGCCGUUGAGCGUGGCAACAUCGACAUCAACCGAACAGUUAAAUAUACUGUCAAGUCGGAGCGGUACCAGCUCCGUAACCAGCGAUUCUACUGAAGAAGGCCGAACUGCAUUGUCGGAAGACCUGGCGAGGCUUGGUGCUUCCCUUAAUGUGAUCGGUACAGAGCAUGAAGCGCUGAUGCAAGGACGCUCCGAAAUCGAAGACUUUCUCAACACUCUCCGCGAGACCCUUAUCUCCCAGCAAAGGAAGCUUGAACGUGACGGGGGUCCACCGAGCGGUAAUGAGCCUGACAACGUCGCUAUCAAGUCCCUGAACGAGGCGGUGGCUCUAAUCCCCCAGCUGAAGACCGAGUCGCUGAGGAUUACGGACUGCGUGGAUAAGCUGCAAGAGAUAACCGAUCAACUGAAUUCCGUGACGCCUGACUCUUCUGCUAAACUUCUCAUCACGUCGCUCAAAGAAUUCCUCGAACGUGCGGGCAAAGGCAGAGCGAGUGAGUUCUCUGCGGCCGAGACUGCCACUCUCAGUGUACAGGAGGAGAGGCUUCAAGGGUUGAUCGAUAUGACGAUGCGUGAACAAAAGCAAUUUGAGCAAGACUGGCAGUACUUGGCCGGUAUUCGGAGGGACCUUGAUUUCCUGGAAGCACGGGAACAGGAGCAAAUGGAGCUCGUUGGGCAAUACCAGUCAUGCCUCAAAGAACAUUUCCCAGGCUGUCUGAGACCCGAACAAUCCCAAGAGCUCUGGCGGCUGGUCAACAACUUUGUGGAGAGCAGCAGCCGCGAUGGGCUUAGCACAGGGGGUCGCUUGAGCCCCAGCGCCGUGGACGCGCUGCUUGUUCGUGUCCAGAAGCUCACAGUUAAUGAACAGUUGUUGGAGCGGCUAUGGCAGCUACGAGAAACCAUGACGCUCCACGACACUCAGCGGACGAAUGCUGCAAGCAAGAUCUCCCAAUUCUUUAGCCUGAUUAACAGCAUUCAUAUGCAGAUCCAGGAAAUUGAUGAUGCUAGACAGGGGCGGGAAUCACAAGUCAGAGCAGACCCCGAAUACAGCCAGGAACGAAGAGAGAUGCUUGUGUGUCAGGAGUCGCGCCUCCGUUGGGAGAACAGCAGCAACCAAGACCGCAUCCACCAGCUCAUAGAGAACCGGAGCCGCAUGGACGUCUUCCUCGGAAAAGAAGCCGACCGUUUCCGCCGGAACGCCGAGCAACUCGUCGCCGAAACGCUCCUCAAAAUGCAGAUCGCAAGCCGCCUGGACCGUCACCCCGAAACCGUCUGCUUCUGCGCGCUCCUCCGCUUCUUCUUCCCGGACGUCUACUACUCCGCCGUACACGGCGGUUGCUGCUCCGGAGGCAGGGUGACGGCCUCCUCUUACGCUGUCCCCGUCUCUCACCCCACCCCUUUCAGUCAGUACACAUACACAACCGCCUCUCCCUACGUUCUCUGCCAAGGCCACCACGGCCACGGGCCCCUGGCGUCCUCCAGCCCACUAUACACCCUGCUCUGCCACGCUCUCACAUCCCUCAUCUGGCUGUGCCUCCUCAUCCUGCUGCAGCCCUACAAUCUGAAAACCGCCGCCGCCUUCAUGUUCUCGGUCCUGUGCGGCAUACCGACACACCUCUACCGUCGCGCGAGACACGCCUACCGCCGCCACCACCGCCUCCGCGCCCAGCGCAGCACCAGCACCAGCACCAGCACCACCAACCAGGAGGAGAAGGAGGACCCCCCGCCAAUGCUAAAACCCUUCCUCCCGCCACCAUCCCCCUCGGCCUGGGUCGGCGUGGCCUUGACUUUCUUCUUGCUCACCGCCUGGGUGAGCUACCUCGCCGUGCUGGCCGAGCGGAGCCUCUGGCUGGGCCACAACGGUUUCGACUGGCGCAUAGCCUACGUGCGGGAUCUGAGCCUCCCGGCGCCCCGCGGCAUGCCCUACUACCCCUACCCGUUCUGGACGCCCUUCUGGGUCGAUUUCCGGCUGCUGGUGGACCCUGUGUUGGUGUUUUUCGAGGAGACGGUGCUGGAAGAUUGGCUCGGUUCUUUCCCGGACAAGGUCGCUGAUCUCGGCGACCGGGCCGGCGGGGCCUUAAUGGGGUUGGUAGGCGCUCUUGCGGGGUGGCCGGACAUGUGCUCGGUGUGGUGA